UCUGUCGUCUGUCUGUGUCUGUGGUCAUAACCCACCCAACCAAACCCAAACCCCUGAAUCAAAACCUAAAUAUAUUAAAAUGUAUUUGUUUCAUUUCUUUAAUGAAAAAAUCUACGUUCAUGCUAAAUAGAAAAUCUCUUACUGUAACCAGAUAACUUCAAUAGGUACUUGUUUUAUAUUACAUAUUAUGUAUAUUAGUUUUACAAUAAAUAACAAUACACGUACACAACAUCACAUAACAAUAAAUUAUGAUUAUACUAAAGGACUAAACUAACCCAAUAUAAACCUCAAGAUGUCUGAAAGAAAGGGAACAAAAGCACUUGAGCUAUGGUGCAAGCGUUUAGUGCGAGAGUGUCCAAAUGUACAAAUAGAUAACAUGACAACAUCAUGGAGAAAUGGGUUAGCCUUUUGUGCAUUAGUUCACCACUUCAGGCCAGAUUUAAUAGAUAUGUCUUCAUUGAAACCAGAAAAUGUGUAUGAAAAUAAUCAACUGGCAUUUAGUGUUGCUGAAAAACAUCUAAGUAUUCCAGCCUUAUUGGACCCUGAGGACAUGGUGGCAAAUGAAGUGCCGGACCGGCUCUCUGUGUUGACAUACUUAUCUCAGUUCUACCAACGUUUGGGGCAUACUGUUAACCAAAAAGUAAAUGAAAAUGACAGCAGCAUUCCUUCACCUGAUGUUAAAUCUUCAACAUCAUCUAAACCUGAUAGCUUUCCUCUAUUUGGCAAGUCUGGUCUGGACAAGUGCGCGGCGUGCGACCAGCCGGUGUACCUCGCGCAGAGACUCAUUGUCGCACAAAAACUGUACCACAGAAGAUGUUUCCGCUGCUCAAAGUGCUCAGGUCAUCUAAACCCAAACAAUUUUAAAAACUUUGUGGGUUCUGAAUUUGUGUGUGAAAGCUGUAAAUCAGAUAAAGCUAUGAUGAAACUGUUCAAUAAUAAUAAUGACCAAAUGGGCAUGCUUGCAUUCACUGAUGAUGAUGCAGAGGAAACAAAUAAAGAGACACAUGCUGUGGUACCAGUGGUAGAGAAGCAGAAAGGAAGACCACAUUCAAUUUUGGAGAAAAUAAAUAUGUUCGAGAGUAAUAUAGAUAAAGAGGAAGAUGUAAGCAGUAAAUUAGACAAUCUAUCAUUGAAAGAAUCAAUAAGCGAUAAUACAGAUACUAAACGGAAAUCAGUGAGCGCAGCUAUUACCAGUCAAGUAUCCAAGUGUGAAAUUUUACCAGUUCAGCCAUCUGAUCACCUGGCACAAGAAGUUGCUAGUAAAAUAAAUGUUGAUCGUGAAACGAAAACAGAUACUAAACUGAAUAUGCCCAAUGCCCCAAUUGAAAAUGACAGAUUCAUUCCAAGAAAGUCCCCAGAUAAUGUAUACAAAAGUGAUGCCAAAAAGUAUUCUUUUUUAAAAACCCAAUUGCUAGGCGAGACUGAAACAGAUAAUACUGGGAACCUUAAUGACAAUGAUAAUCAUGUAAAAGAUUGUAGUGAAAAUGAUCAAGACUGUGAGACAGAACAUUGUAGUGAUAGUGAUAAUACUAAAGUUAAUAAUGAAAGUAACAUAACAGAUGAUGUACGUUUAGCUAAAAAUGAGAAAUUAGAAGAUAAUUAUAUACAUUCCAGUAAUGAUGUUAAACUAGAGGAACAUUUAGAAACAAGCAUAAGCAUUCCCCCAAGGAGAAAGAAAAAGUUACCUUCUGAAAAACUUUCAUCUGCUGAAAAAGCAAGUGAGGAUGUAAAAGAGAACAAACCAAGAGAUAAGGAAUAUCCACUGCAUUUGAAUCCUUUUUCGGAAGAUGAAGAUGAGGAUGAAGACCCGGUGUCUCAGAGGAGAGAAAGCACGAAUCCGUUUGGCAGUGAUGACGAUGACGAGGAUGAAACGCCGGCGUCGGACACCGUGUCCAGCGCUUCAGGCACCCCCAUGAAACGACUAAUAAAGGCGCCAAAUCCGUUUUGGUCAGACGGCGAAGAGCCAUCUUCUGAUGAGGAAGAUCAUCAUCAAAAUAACAGGUCCUCGCUAUACUCUUCAUCCGUGGCGACGAGCACGCCCCACCGCGCGGUGAAGAAGCGCGCGCCGCCGCCGCCCGCCAUCACCGUGACGUCACUGGCCGACGUGCCCGCCACGUCCAUGGACGACGUGGCCAGCCUCUCCUCGCUCAGCUCCUACAGCUCCACCGUGCACUCCGACCAGAAGUCCCACGGCAAGCUGACCCCGCAGUCGCGCAAGAAGCGUCCGGCGCCGACGCCGCCCGACGGCGUGUCGCGCGCCGGCGACGGCUCUAUGGAACGCGGGGUGGACCCGGAACUACGGGAUGGUUGGCGUCGCAAGGGCCCGGCGCCAGGCCUGCCGCUGCCGGCGCGGCGCGCGGUGCGGCUGCAGCUGUCCCCCACCGCGCUGCAGACGCAGCUCGAGCUGCUGGAGACGCAGCAGCUGGGCCUGGAGCGCCAGGGCGUGCUGCUCGAGCGCAUGAUCCGGGACAAGUGCGAGGGUGAGGACCCGCCGUCGGCGCCGCCGGAGGAGGUGGAGGAGCUGGUGAUCCAGCUGUGCGAGCUCGUCAACGAGAAGAACGACCUGUUCCGCAAGCAGACCGAGCUCAUGUACAUUCGUCGUCAGCAGCGGCUGGAGCAGGAGCAGGCGGACAUCGAGCACGAGAUCCGCGUCAUACAGUCGCGCCCCGCCGUCAACCGCAUCGAUGCCGACAAGGCACGCGAGGAGCAGCUGGUGUCGCGGCUGGUGCAGAUCGUGCGGCUGCGCGACGAGCUGGUGCAGCAGCUGGACGCCGAGCGCCGCCGCGAGCGCCAGGAGGACUGCGCCAUCGCCGCCUCCAUCGCCAGCAAGCGAGCACAAAGACACAGCGAGUCAAACAGCUCUUCAAUGAAGUCGGUUGAAGUUGUGGAGACACCUAAGAAGAGUAAAGUGAAGGACAAAAUGAAGAAACAGUUCAAAAAAGCUAAGCACACACUCAUUCCGAAGAAAAAGGACUCAACCCCAGAGAAGAAAGACGGCGAAAAGAGCCCCGAAAAAGAUAAGAAGUCUAAAAGCAAAGAGCUAGUACACGCCUAAAUUGUAAGAGAAAACUGACAUGAAUCUAUUUGUCGAUCUGUUUCAUAAUAUCUACCAAAGUUAAGGUAAACUACCUAAAAUAAUAACGCACUUUCAGAGACCGAAUGCAUAUUGUAUUGAACGGUUAGUCAAUUUUGAAUGGCCUUAGUAGGUAAAUGAUAUACAAAAUUAGGUCCGUCUUGGUUCUCCCCUUGCUUAUACUAGGUAAGUACCUAUGAUGCACACAGUAUUUUUAAUUGUUCAGUUAACUGACACAUCCACAAAGAAACACGGGAUGAUUGGAUAAAACAGGUUUUCUCAGAAAAUCAGAUACUAAAAGCACUUUUAACAAGCAGUACGUACACUCAAGAUCAAACGUAUCAUUAUUAUUCAUCAGAAAAAAGUAAUCUUUAAUAACAACGGCAUUGUUAAAUUACAUUAUAAAUUUCAUAGUUGAUUUAUUUACUACAACUAGACUAGUUGAUCUGAUGUACCUAAGUACGUAACAACACGAUUAGAUAUUUUUUUUACUAAGUAAAGACAUUUAUAAAUUACCGAUUUGGAUAUUAUUUUUAGGAUUAGUUAAAAUAUGUAUUAAAGCGGCUCGAAAUUCUUAUAAAAAUGUACUUAUUAAGACUGAUACAUUCCACUACUUGUGUCAUAAAAUUGUUGAACAAUAAUGUUGACGUCAAUUUAUACUUAUUGUAGUAGUAAAGUCCACAUGUGCCAGGAUUCAUUUUGCUGUAAUGCGAAACUUCUAAAGCCAUAUUCGCUUAGUCCAGUUUGGGCGAUGUCAGAAUUCUAAGUCUUGUUUUAGCUAUAGCUACUGUAUGUUCAUUUAACCACGCACAAACUAAUCUACACGGUCGUGCAAGUUUUUCUGCACUUUUACUUAUAUUUUUUUUAAUAUUCACAGUAUCAUUAUAUACUUGCUGAAGCUUCGAAACACCAGCAGAUGAUUAUGUAUAUUUAUUAUUAUUCGAAUUUAUUACCGUAUUUUUGCGGGUUACAUUUAUUUUAAUACUCUUUGUCUUCCGAAUUUAAGCAUAUCUUAUUUUUUAUUGUUAUUCAUUAAAGCAAAAUACUUACUUAUUGACUUAUAAACACAGGGUUAGCAUAGCUUAGCUCGCUGAAUGUAAAGAUAGAUAUUAAAGAAAUAUUCAUACCUACUUGUUAACAUUUACUUGUUAUUUUCAUAAGAAAAAAUAUUAUUUUAAUAUGUAUAAACCACUUAAGCGCACGUACAUGUAGUGUAGUAAAAUAGUUAUGUAUUAUGUUUACAGAUUUAAAUUAAUAAACUUUGGUUAAAAUA